AUGGCAACGGGGAAGUAUAGUGUAUGCAUCAAUCGAUUGAAUAAAGAGUAUCUAGGACUACAAAAGGCAAAUGAAAAAGAGUUUGUAGCCAAACCUCUUACUUCAAACAUCUUGGAGUGGAACUUUGUUUUGUAUGGUAGCAUAGGGACAGACUAUGAAGGAGGUGUUUAUCAUGGUCAACUCAUCUUUCCACCUGAAUAUCCAAUGAAGCCACCAUCUAUAUUAAUGACUACACCUUCUGGUCGAUUUGAAUGUAAUACACGUAUUUGUACAACAAUGUCAUCAUUUCAUCCAGAAUCAUGGAAGCCAAGUUGGAGUGUAUCAUCAAUCUGUUUAGGUAUCAUAUCGUUCAUGAACGAAGAGGAUAAUGGUAUUGGAUCUAUUACAGCGUCGAGUAGAGUUAGAAAACAAUACGCAACCAAUUCAAUGGCAUUUAAUUACAAGAACCAAACAUUUAAAACUCUAUUUCCAGAAAUCAUUAAAGAAUAUAAAAAACAAAAGAAACAAUCUACCUCUUCCUCCUCUAAUUUAUCAUCCUCUUCUUCAUCCUCUUCAUCAUCAUCAUCAAAAAUUGUAAAGACAACUAACAACCAACAACAAACACAAGAAUCAGACAACAAAACACUUUUUUUUAGCUUGGUAUUUAUAACCAUCUUUAUAGCAUUUAUUGCUAUUAUGUUAAGAUACAAUAGCAAUACUUCUUCUACUAGUAGUGUAGAGUCCAAUAAUAAUAAUUAG